ACACACACACACAUCCAUCAAAUAAACAAGCGCACACGAACAAAUACCUCGCCGCCAAUAAUGGCCUCCAGAUCCUCCAUUGUGCUCGCCACGGCGAUGCUAGCUACACUAUUCGCGGUUGGUUUGUGCACCACCCCGCUCACCUUCCAGGUCGGUAAGGGAUCCAAGCCUGGCCACCUGAUCCUCACCCCGAACGUUGCCACCAUAUCCGACGUGGAGAUCAAAGAGCAUGGUGGCGAUGACUUCUCCUUUACGCUGAAGGAGGGCCCGACCGGCACCUGGACACUCGACACCAAGGCCCCGCUCAAGUACCCCCUUUGCAUCCGCUUUGCUGUCAAGUCUGGUGGCUACCGCAUCGCCGACGACGUCAUCCCCGCCGAUUUCAAGGCUGGCACCACUUAUAAGACGACACUCAGCAUCUAAUCAGCAUCUGAAGAUGAACUAUAUUUCAAAAGAGCUCAUCUGGCGCACGUGUUAGCAAGACAAUUUUUUUCUUUGGUUAUUUUAUGGCACCAAACCACCCAAGAAAUAAGUUAUGCUACAUGUCCAUAUGAUGCCUUGUUGUGUUGGGUUGAUAUUUUUACAUAAACUAAAUACAUUAUUUAUUUAAGAUCUUUGGAGAAAUUUGUUGAUCUGGUCUAGCUUUAU